AUGUUCACUGGUAUUGUGGAGCAUAUUGGCACUGUUUUAGAUUACAACAGCUUCGACGAGAGUGAGAGCGGUGGCCAGGGCGUCUCUGUCUCGAUUACUGAUGCGGAACCGGUUUUAGGCGACUGCCACAUAGGGGACUCGAUAGCUGUUAAUGGAAUUUGUCUUACGGUAACGGAAUUUGACCACAAGACCUUUAAGGUUGGGAUCUCGCCCGAAACCAUCAAAAGGACCAACGUUGCAUCGUGGAAACCGGGCUCAAAAGUCAACUUAGAGAGGGCAGUCGGUCAAGAAGUUCGAUUUGGUGGCCAUUAUGUACAGGGCCAUGUCGACACUGUUGCAACGAUCGUCUCUAGGAAACCGGAGGGCAACUCUAUCCUGUUUGGGUUUAAACUGAAGGACCCUCAGUUUAGCAAAUUUAUUGUCGAGAAAGGCUUCAUCUGCAUAGAUGGUACGUCCUUGACCGUUACGAACGUGGAUCCAGACGAGACGUUUUACAUCAGCAUGAUUAAGCACACGCAGGAGAACGUUGUCAUGCCAUUGAAGGAGAUUGGAGCUGAAGUGAACAUCGAAGUGGAUUUGACGGGGAAAAUCAUUGAAAAGCAGGUUUCACUGGCUUUGGAUGCCCAGUUCAAGAAUGAGCGAAGUCCAUUGAACUUAAUGAUUACGAAAAUCAUCGAGGAAAAGGUCGAGACCAUUUUGAAUCGCAGAAGAUAG